GCAGCAGCAGCAGCGCCAUGAACCGGACUUGUUAAGAUAAAAUGAGUGAAGAGAAUAGCGAUUCUUCACAAGCUGAAGAAUAUGAAGAUGACUUUGAGAAAGAUCUUGACUGGUUAAUCAAUGAAGAAGCUAGUAAUGGAAAUCUGGAGGCAGAUGAGGAAGAUGAAAAUUUUGAAACAAAAAUUGAUAAGGAGCUAGAAGAUGACGAAACGAAGGAAAAGGACAACUCGAAAGCUAAAAAACAAUGUGGAAAUUCUUCAAAAAGCCCAUGUGUAUUGAAUGAGGAUUUGAACAAGGUUGUAAAGCCAACUAAGGCAGAAACGGAUGGUGAUGAUAAUCAAUCUAAUGUGGAAAAGAGUAGUGACAGUUUAAUUGAAGAAUUCAAGCAGGAGUGCCAGCGGGAAGAUGAAGAGCUUAAUGAGGAAAUAAAACGCUAUAUAAUGGAAAAGAUUGAACAAGCCAACAAGCAACUUCAGAAUGAAGAUCCUGUGGAUCAAAAUCGAGAACGUAGACUGAAGUUUAAGGAGAAGUUAGUUGACUUGGAGGUACCGCCUCUGGAAUUUAGUGAGACUGAAAAAGAUAAUGAAGAUGUCACUGGUCGAAUGUCUGAAAUGUGCAUUUCUAAUAACGUACAAGAGGACAUUAGUUUCAAUAAUAAGAAUGAGAACAGUCCCAAAGACAAAAGAGUAUUGAUUGAAAAAGAUGGAAAAUUUGAACUCGUGAGUUUGUGGGAUUUAGAAAGUCAAGGUUUAUUACCUCAAAUUGCUGUUGCAUUCAGUGAGCUAGAUUGUAAACAGGAUUCUCCUCGAUCAAGCUCCAGUGGUUUUAGUUCAAUUAAUUCUAAAGGAAAUGAUCUUUCAGGGACAAAUGGUGAAGGUUUAUCAUCUCCAUUGGUUGAAUUUCUUCAUUCACCUAAACCACCACCUAAGGAUCGAUCAACUUCUGCAACGGAUAUACAAAAAAUUCAAAAUACUUUACCUCGAAGGGUGCAAUCUGCAAACUUUGUCUCAAGGCGUUAUCCCCUUUUAAUUACUCCACAACAAAAGGGUCUGAAUUGGAAAAGUCAACAAAAGAAGGAGCAGUUUAAGAAUGAGAAACAAGAAAUAAGAAGAACUGAGGAAGAGGAACGAAAGAGAGAGGAAAAUAAGAUGGCGUUUAAUGCCUGGCUUCUAAAAAAGAGACAGCAGAAGCUAGAGGAAAGGAGAAUCCAGUGUGCAAAGGAAAUGGAAAGAAAGAAUAUGAAGGCUUGCAGUGGCAAAAAGGAUUCUUAUUUCAUUGGUUCCUCACCAGAUGACCAUCAGGACCCAAACGAAGCAUUCGCCCUCUGGCUGAAGAGAAAACGGGAACAACAAAUCAGAGAAAAGCAAAUGGAAGCAAUGAGAAAGCAGGAACAAGAAUACAAUUUAAAAGCCCACGCAAAAGAAGAUUCUGAAAAGGCUUUUAAACAGUGGCUAAAAAGAAAAAAGAUUCAGAAACGUGCAGAGCAGUUGGCUGCAAAAGAACGGUCUCGGAGGUAUGUGAUGGAAGCUAGAGAAGCAAGAAGAAUGCAGGACAUACUAUACAGCAUUAACGGAGACAGGAGUACAUAAGAAAACAUAUAACAGAAAUCUUUGGGUACCGAGAGACCACUGCUUCCACAGAAUCCUUCUUGCAAAAUCUACUGACAAGAACUCAUGCCACCCUCGUAAUUUCUUGGGGGACUUUGUGGGCAAAUAUUUACUGAUCCCCAGAGUCAAGGCAAAAUUAAAGAAUAUUCAGUCAUUGUCACAUAUCGAAUAUUGAAUCCUGGCCUUCAGUGUUCAAGAAAGACCACUUGUUGGUACAUUUGUCAAACAGAGGCAGACAUUAACAAUGUGAUAAAUCACAUUAACGUCUGUAAAUUUACCAACAAAUGGAAAACAAUACUCGGUUUCUUCACAAAUAUUUAAAUGGAAAAGCAGCUAUGUUUUAAAAAAAAAUCCAUAGCUAUGUGGAGAUUUCUUUGCUAUCCCAUGAAACUUGCACAAUAAAAUGAUGUAAAAUACUGUCAAAUAAUUGCAGAACAAAUAGAACUAUUGCAGAUUUUUGNAAAAAAACAUAAGCAUUUGCUUAUUUCUAUCACUUUGCUUUCUUCUGUUUUAAUAAAAAUAAAUGUACAUUCAUUAUUAAAUAUUCAAAGACUUAAUAUUUAAAGUGAUUGUACUAUAUUUCCCAUUUGGAAUGAAUAUGUUCAUAAAUGUAUUUCAUUAAAAACAUGUAUCUGGUUGAACACAUAUAUAAUCUGUUAAAUAAAUACUUUGACUUAAUAACCGUAUGGAAACUUAUUUUAUACUUAAAACAAAAUGCUGCUAGGUAUUUAAAUUUCUGUUAAGUUAAGGUGGAUAUGAAAUCUAGGGAAAACAUAUCUAAGGCAAUAAUGAUCAAAAUAACAAAACUUAAAAUUGAACGAAAUUCAAAUUUAAUUUUGGGUGAGAUGCUAAACAGAGGUUCCAUCUACUCUUACCUUUAACAGGUAAACAUUAAGGAUUCCAUAGGACUAUUUGAAAAGAUGAAGGAGUUUCUGUCAGUGUCCUGGCUAACAAUCCCCCAAAUAAAAAAUAAUUCGCUUCAUGGCUGUUUGUGGGACUUUGCUGUGUGCAAAUUGGCUGCUGUGUUCACCAAAAUACAGUCACUCCAUUUUACAAUAUAUCCUGUGAAGUGCUUUGGGACUUUCUUGACGUGAUCAAAUGUAAAGAUUAUUAUUAAAUCAAUUGGAAAUUGAGUUUACAUUGUAUUC